AUGACACUGAGUUCAAGGGAAACUCAUGAUUACUCCAAUUUUGGAAACCAUGGUCCUCCGUAUCAACAGACAGAACCUUAUUACCCUCAUUUCAAUGCUGAAUUAAAUUUCAAGGAGGAAACCCCUGUGGUAUUUCAAAACCAAAACCAAUCGCCACAUCACACACAGUUCCUGCCACAACAACCACAGCAGCCUCAUAAUCAAAGAAUACAUCUGCAAGAGUAUCAUAGAUCGGGAAGCGGCUAUUUCGAAGGCGAAGUAAAACCUCAAAAUGAUGAUGAGGACGGGUUAGGUUAUUUUUCAAAUCGGACGUCGUCAUCAGUUCCUUCCUCAAGAAUCGACCACUACUAUAAUGACACAUUAAUACAACAACAGCUUGCUCAAUUAUUACAACAACAGCAGAACCAGCAACAUCAUCAACAUCAGCAACUAAAUGAGCAAAAUCAACAGCAACAUCAUCAGAAUCAAACGUCACAACAACAUCUUUCACUCCCGCAACAGCAACCAGCACAACCAGCACAACCAGCACAACCUCUGCAACCACAGCAACAAAAUGACCAACAAUACUUACUACUGCAUCCACAUUCCAAUCAAAACUACCAAACAACUCCAUAUAAGCGCUCCCCCCUUUCACGAGAACAGGAAUGGACACCAACUAAUUCUCAAACCAUGGAUAAUUCCAUUGGCAAUCCAAUCCCAUCUCGUGGUACUUCUCAGGAUGUAAAAACUUCUUUCCCACCACGUCCUCAGUCCAUACGGCAGCAAUCACUACCUGUAUUCAACAAACAAUCCACCAAUAUGACUCAAGUUCAACCACUGUUAAUACGAGAACUUGCUGGUGAGAGUGUUAAUUCGUUAAUGGGGUUUAAUCCACAGACAAUAUAUUAUAAUAAAGAUAAUACAAUUAGAGUCAACCCUGAUCCAUCUGGUAAUGAAACUAUACACGAGAAACCAAGUGAUCUUGACGUGAAGCCCAAGGCAAAACGUGGACGACCAAAGAAAAACCCGGGAUUUUUCAUUAAAUUGGAUUCAAUAAACAAGAGACCAGUCACUAGACAAGUCAAGUCGUCACAAUCAGAUUCAGGUACUGAUUACUGGAAUAGAUCUUCAAGUGGUGGGUUAUUACACAGAGCAUUAUCGUUUACACCAAGCCAACCUAUUGUUCAACAAGGCCAGGAAGAUCCUGACCUUCCGUCGGAAUUGCAGUUCUUGGAGCAGGAUUUACAAUUAACUGAUGACCCCUACGGGUUAAACAUGCCUUCGUUUAAUCUAACUCCAUCGGCAGAACCACCCAAAUCGGUAGGUGCAGUUCCUAGUAAUCUUCCGCCUAGUGGAUAUUUCGAGCUUGAAAAUUCUACAACCGCGGUGAAUACAGGCCAAUUUUUCUCUCCUGGUAUUGAUGGUCAUGAGAAUAAUAUUAACAGUUUCAAUCAAACAUUUGAAGAUUAUUUAAAACUGACACAACUUAAGACGGAUGAUGAUGCUAAUUCUGGAACUACGAAAUCUUUUAGCGAGGAGCAGACCAAUCCAAUUACAGCAAACUUCACUGAAUUUGAAUAUGGGGCUAGUUUACCACUACCACCACCACCACCACCACCACCACCACCACCACCACAACAACAACAACAACAAGUGCCGCAUCAAAUGCUACCACAAGUACCAUUCUUCUGUGAACCAGUAACUUCAAUAGAUUCAUCACAAGCUUACGGAAGUUCUACGAAUGAAAGCUUCUUAUCUCCACCAAAUGAUCAUCAAACAAAUGUCAGUUCCGGUGAGAACUCCGACCACGACCAUGAAGAUAAUUACUACCUCCAAACCACCAAUACACUUCCUAGAAGUGGAUCCAACCAAAGUGUCAGCAGUGGUGGUUCUGGCAAUUCCGGAGGUGAAGAUAUUGACAUUGCAUUUGCAAAUACUAGCGGUGCAGGCAAUACUUCCAAGCCGAAAAAGAGAUUAUCUAAAGGGGCGAAAUGUUCUAUUUGUGGGAAAUAUAUUAGUAGGGAUAUGACAAGACAUAUUAGGAUCCAUAAUGAAGUUGGAAGAUUUCAAUGUGUCUAUCCUAAGUAUAUGUGUAAUCACCGAACCCAAUAUUUCAAUCGUCCAUAUGAUUACAAGAAACAUUUGUUGCAUCUGCAUUUCAAGUUUGAUGAUCCCAAGGGCAAGACUGCUCAUACAUUAACCGACAAAUUGCCAAUGUUAGGUGGAUGUGCUGCAUGUGGUGCGAGAUUUACUGCUUCGCAAUGGUUAGAUUUUCACGUAUUGGUGAAUGAUAGAAAUCAACGAUGUCCAUAUAUAGAGGAAAAGGAUGGAUGA